AUGUCUGCCCCCGCUGUCGGUAUCGAUCUGGGCACCACCUACUCCUGUGUGGGUGUGUUCCGUGAUGACCGCAUUGAGAUCAUCGCCAAUGACCAGGGUAACCGCACCACCCCAUCGUUCGUGGCCUUCACCGACACCGAGCGUCUGAUCGGUGAUGCCGCCAAGAACCAAGUCGCCAUGAACCCCCACAACACCGUCUUCGACGCCAAGCGUCUCAUCGGCCGUCGUUUCCAGGACGCUGAGGUCCAGGCCGACAUGAAGCACUGGCCCUUCAAGAUCGUUGAGAAGGCCACCAAGCCCGUCAUCGAGAUCGAGUUCAAGGGCGAGGCCAAGCAGUUCACCCCCGAGGAGGUCUCCGCCAUGAUUCUGGUCAAGAUGCGUGAGACCGCCGAGGCCUACCUGGGCGGCACCGUCAACAACGCCGUCAUCACUGUUCCUGCCUACUUCAACGACUCCCAGCGUCAGGCCACCAAGGACGCUGGUCUCAUCGCUGGCCUGAACGUUCUCCGUAUCAUCAACGAGCCCACCGCGGCCGCCAUUGCCUACGGUCUUGACAAGAAGGCUGAGGGUGAGCGCAACGUCCUGAUCUUCGAUCUGGGUGGUGGUACCUUCGAUGUCUCCCUCCUGACCAUCGAGGAGGGUAUCUUCGAGGUCAAGUCCACUGCUGGUGACACUCACCUGGGUGGUGAGGACUUCGACAACCGUCUCGUCAACCACUUUGUCAACGAGUUCAAGCGCAAGCACAAGAAGGACCUGACCACCAACGCUCGUGCUCUCCGCCGUCUCCGCACUGCUUGCGAGCGUGCUAAGCGUACCCUCUCGUCCGCUGCCCAGACCUCCAUCGAGAUCGACUCUCUCUUCGAGGGCAUUGACUUCUACACCUCCAUCACCCGUGCCCGCUUCGAGGAGCUGUGCCAGGACCUCUUCCGCUCCACCAUGGAGCCCGUCGAGCGUGUCCUUCGCGAUGCCAAGAUCGACAAGUCCUCCGUCCACGAGAUCGUCUUGGUCGGUGGCUCCACCCGUAUCCCCAAGAUCCAGAAGCUCGUCUCCGACUUCUUCAACAAGGACGCCAACAAGUCCAUCAACCCCGACGAGGCUGUUGCCUACGGUGCCGCCGUCCAGGCCGCUAUCCUGUCGGGUGACACUUCUUCCAAGUCGACCAACGAGAUCCUGCUGCUCGACGUUGCUCCUCUGUCCCUCGGUAUCGAGACUGCCGGUGGUGUCAUGACUCCUCUGAUCAAGCGCAACACCACCAUCCCCACCAAGAAGUCCGAGACCUUCUCCACCUACUCUGACAACCAGCCUGGUGUCCUGAUUCAGGUCUUCGAGGGUGAGCGUGCUCGCACCAAGGACAACAACCUGCUCGGCAAGUUCGAGCUCACUGGCAUCCCCCCUGCCCCCCGUGGUGUGCCCCAGAUCGAGGUCACCUUCGACCUGGAUGCCAAUGGUAUCAUGAACGUCUCGGCUAUCGAGAAGGGUACCGGCAAGACCAACAAGAUUACCAUCACCAACGACAAGGGCCGCCUGUCCAAGGAGGAGAUCGAGCGCAUGCUGGCUGAGGCCGAGAAGUACAAGGCCGAGGAUGAGGCUGAGGCUUCCCGUAUCCAGGCCAAGAACGGCCUUGAGUCCUACGCUUACUCGCUCAAGAACACCCUGGGCGAGGGCAAGCUCCAGAUCUCCGACGAGGACAAGAAGAAGAUCGAGGACAAGGUCUCCGAGGUCAUCAGCUGGCUCGACAACAACCAGACUGCCGAGACGGACGAGUACGAGUCUCAGCAGAAGGAGCUGGAGGCCAUUGCCAACCCCAUCAUCUCCGCUGCCUACGGUGGUGCUGCUGGUGCUGGCGGUGCUCCCCCUGGUGCCGCUCCUGGCGGUGCCCGCACUGCUGACGAGGUCGAGGAGCACCCCGAGGAGCUUGACUAA